UCGUUCUACUGAAAAACUGGAGCGAGCUCACUUGUAUAAUCGACUUUCGCCCACGGUUUAAGCUUCUGCGACUUCUGAGUGGAGUGAUGAACGGAGAUUCACGCAGUACAACUGUAUAAAGCUGAACGUUGGAGUGGAAUGUCUCCGGCCAAAGACUCCGUCGUUGCUUUGCCACGGACAAGAAAGCAGCGGAAGCGUUUCAAGCGAAAAGUGAAAAUCAAGGCAAAGAGGAGAGCCCAGAAGUUGGAGAAGCUGAAAGAAAGAGAAAAUGUUACUCCGCUAGUGAAGAAGUACUGGCUUCAAAGAUACGAUCUUUUCUCCAUGUACGAUGUGGGCGUCAAACUGGAUGAGGAAGGGUGGUUCUCUGUCACGCCGGAGGAGAUUGCUGCCCGGCAGGCAGAACGGUGCGCCGGCGCUGGAGUUGUUAUUGAUGCCUUUGCGGGCGUAGGAGGAAAUGCCAUUCAGUUUGCCAAAGUGUGUCAUCGUGUUGUUGCUGUUGAUGUUGACCCGAACAAGGUUCAAUUGGCAUUUCAUAAUGCUAAGAUCUAUGGUGUAGAAGAUUGUAUUGAUUUUAUCGUGGGGGACUUUUUCCAGCUUGCACCUUUCUUAAAGGGAGAUGUAGUGUUUCUUUCACCACCAUGGGGGGGCCCAUCAUAUAAAGCAAAAGAAAAUUUUACUCUCGACUUACUGAAGCCAAAAGAUGGCCAUUCCUUGUUCCAAGUUGCUCAGGCAAUAACACCUAACAUCAUUAUGUAUUUGCCUCGCAAUCUUGACAUGCUCCAAGCAAGUGAGCUUUCAUGGCUGUCUUCUCCUCCCUUGGAUGUUGAGAUUGAAGAAAAUUUUGUAAGAGGGAACUCAAAGGGAAUAACUCUGUACUUUGGGGACACUGCAUUACAUGGCUCGGUGCGUCUGACAGGAUGCAUUGUAGACAAAGAUUGUAACAUCGGUGAAUAAGAUAGACAACUCCUCUUCAAGAGAAGAUGUCUUAACUCCAGCAUAUCAAUCAGUAGCCUGGGUACAUAUUCAUCAUGUUCACAAUCAAGAACAAGUCUCUGUAGGCUGCGAAGCAUGAAUACUUAAAUUGUGCUGAAGCCUUUGAUGCCGAGCGCCAGGAACUUCAACAGAGUCGGACAUACUAUCUCAACUGGAGUCGUUCCCAGAAGUAUGUCUCAGAAGUUCGGUUUCCGGCACUGAUGCAUGCAUCGUUCUCUCAUGGAUGUAGCAAGUCAGAUCCUACCAUCAGAACAACUGCCUUUCACCAGAAUAAGACUUCUGGUAAUGAUGUUAUCUAAUAGUCCUUACUCACUUCUUCCAAGCUAUUGAGCAUACUAAGCCUGACAAAUCCCUCUGCAACCCACGGCUGUAUUUCCUUAUAUAUCAUUAUCUUCAGUAAGAAUUCCCAUGUAACAGAAGCAUACUUUCUUAAAUACAGCACUAAUAUUCAGUCAGAUUUAUGGACAUGUGCGCUUGUUCAAGUUAACAUG